UCGAUUUUUUUUUUUUUUAAAUAAGACGUCAUAUGGGAUCUUACAUAUCUCAUAGAAUGGAUGGAACAAGUAGCGAUGAAAGUAGUAUUAGUAGUAUUCGAUCACAAGAUGAUUCUGAUCAGGAAACUGAAUUAGAAGCUGUUUUACAAUUUUUAUUACGAAGUGGUCAAGUCCAUAUAAUAGCGUCAGAUUAUGAAGAGGAUGAAGUUAAUCAACCUCCAAAAAUUUCGGAUCAGUUUAAUACAUCUUUAUUAGAGAAAAGUGAAUAUACAGUAACGACAAGACAAGCAAGCGGUUUAGUACGACAGUUAAAAUGUCGCAGACAACGGAAACAAUCGCUGAUAUCGAUGAUACAAAAUAGAGAACGUGGUAUUUAUUCAAAUGGUAGUUUUUCAUCAGCGAUUAAAUGUAAUAUUUCAAAUCGAUGUUUACCAAAUCAAAUGACACAAGUAGCAAGACAUCCUGGCAAAGCGUACUGUGGUACUUAUUCAAAAGAUGGCAGUUAUUUUGUUAGUGCUUGCCAAGACUAUAAUAUUAGAUAUUACGAUACAAGUGAUGAAAAAUUUACUUUAGUCAAAACAAUACCUGGCCGAGAAGUUGGAUGGAGUAUAAUUGAUAUGGCAUGCAGUCCUGAUGGACAACAUCUGGUAUAUUCUAGCUGGUCAGAAUCAUUACAUAUAUUUCGGUUGCACGGUGAUACAAAUAAUCAUGAAGCGUUACGAUUAAAUCCACCGGAUCAACAAAGAUUUUGUAUGUUUUCUGUUGAAUUCUCAUCCGAGGGGCGAGAAAUCGUUGGUGGUGCUAACGAUGGUAAUAUUUAUGUAUAUGACAGAGAACGAAAUCAACGGUCUUUAAGAGUGGCAGCACAUGAUGACGACACAAAUUCAGUUGUAUUUGCAGAUAAUACAUCACAAAUAUUGUAUAGUGGUGGUGAUGAUGGUUUAGCUAAAGUAUGGGAUCGACGUACAUUGAAUGAAACGGAUCCAAAACCUGUGGGUGUUCUGGCUGGACAUAUGGAUGGCAUCACAUUUAUUGAUUCACGGGGUGACGGGCGUUAUUUAAUAUCAAACAGUAAAGAUCAAAGUAUUAAGUUAUGGGAUAUACGGGUAUUUUCUGGGAACGAUGCACAAACUAAUACACUUAAAGCUGUUAACCAACAGGCAUGGGAUUAUCGAUGGCAGGAAGUUCCUACAUGCUUUUAUGAUCCAAAAUCAAAGCUUAAAGGUGAUACUUCAAUAAUGACGUAUCGAGGACAUUCUGUUUUAAAAACACUGGUUAGAUGUAGGUUUUCACCGCCAGAAGUUACCGGUCAACGUUAUAUUUACACAGGUUGUGCUGCUGGUCGAGUAGUCAUAUACGAUUCAUUAACUGGCCAAGCUCAAUAUUUAUCUGGUCAUCGAGGCUGUGUUCGAGAUGUCUCAUGGCAUCCGUAUAGACAAGAAAUUGCUAGUAGUUGUUGGGACGGUGUGAUUGGAGUAUGGAAAAGAGUUGUACCAGACAGUUUAGAUUCCAGUGAUCCAGAUGAUAAAUUAUUUUAUGGUGAAUUAAAACGUGGCCCAGCACCACUUAGACGGAGUUUACGAAUAGCAAAACAAAGACGACGUGCUGAGUCACAAAGACAACAUUCUAUGUUACCAAGUCAAUUUUAGGGACCCUUUCUUUAAAUUCAAAAUCAUUUUCUAAUUGAAUGUGAGAGAAUGUGUCUUUUUUGUUGUUGUUUUUUUUUUUUCGGAUAUGCAAGCUAGAUUAUUUUUAAUUUUUCCGCACGAUAUUAAAGAUGUGAACCUCUAAAAAAAAAACUUCGAGUUGGUAAUAAUGAGUUGAAUAAAUUAAAAUUAUCUAUCGUGCAUGUUUUGGUGAUCCAUAUAUGAAUAUAAAACGGACAUAAAACGAUUUAGGUCAUAUAAUUUUUAUUUUCUAUGCAAUUUUUGUGUGCCACAAAUGGGAAACGUCGGUUUCUGUCUUUAAAUUAAAAUAAAAUCAAGAAAAAUAUUUUUAAUGUCAAUGAAACUGACUUAAUUGGAAAGAUAAUUUUCUCAUCGGAUGUUGUAUUCCAAGUGUUUAAUCGUCUCUGGUUUAUCGGCGUAGAAAAGUGACUUUACUAAUGGGAUUAGCUCACACGAUCUUAGAGGAAAUUUUAACAAUUUACAAGCGUUGCUCUUGCGUAAGCCUAUUCAUUGGGAAGGCCAAAUCAAACAAAACACAAAGCUUCUGCUUCCAAAUCGGUUAUUAACUCGGAAAGAGAUAGAAUUGACAGACAUUCUCCUAUCUCUCUCUCUCUCUCUCUCUCUCUGUCUCACAGUUAAUCAUGUCGCAACUACAAUCAAGCGCGCAGACAACACAUGUGUUUGAACGCAAGGGUUAAAAACUUCAGAACCCAACCAAUUCCUUUAUAUUCGACAAACUCAACCCAACCAACUCGUAAACGUAUAAGAGAGACGAAGACAGCUAUACGUGUCUAUCUUACCUGGCCUCUCUCUUUUGCGAUCAACCGUAUGGACGGCGAUUUGGUAGCGCUAUGGUAUUAUCUCUCCUAUAGACGCGCUUUAAUAUAAUUGGUACUAAUUUCAGCCAUCAGAAGUGGGAUUAACCAUUUUAAUGUCACUUUACAAUCGUUUUUAUUCAGAUUUUACUUUACUGGUGUAGACGAACGAAAGUGGUGUCCAGAACCGAAUUUAUAUAUGGAUAGUGAUCGAUUCCAAUUGGAUAAAGAGUAAAUAAACUGUGAUUUAUAAUAAAUAUUAUGUCAAGUGUUAAGGAUUUUCACUGAUAGAAAGAAAAGAAAAGUUUUCUUUUUAUAAUAAAUGUUUAUCAAGAAAAUUGAAAUAGAGAGAAAUUAUUCGACGAGCAGAUCUUCAAAAAGCAGUUUGUCCACACAAUUAAUAAUUUUUAGAUCACUCCUUUAGAAGAAAUUUUUUUUAAUCAUCUCAUAAAUUUUAAGUUUUUUUUUUUUUUAAACAGUGAAAGUGACCCCUGUGGCAAAUUUUUAAAGACCUGCGUUUUGAAAGUCUGCUUUUAAUUAAUAUGUUGUAAUUACUUGUGGUAAUACUUUUUGGGUUUUAAUACUUUUUACACACAAUAUCUUUUUUAGUAAAUUUCCUGUAAUUAAAAAAGGAGGUAUACAAAUACAGGGUGGGCCAUUUUAAUCUAUUAUGUGGUAUUGAAUUCGUUACCACACUAGGGCGGUAAUGGACUUCUUUUCUCACUCUGGCGUAGAUAAAAUUCACGCAUUAAUAUGAUGCCAUGUAAUUUAUGAUCACAAGAAAAGAUAUUAUGUGUAUAAUUUUUCUUAUUCACAUUUUAGAACCGAUUUCGAUACUAGAUUCCGAUCUAGAAUGAUAAUUUGCUUUAUCGUAUCGAAAUCGGCCUGUAAAAUGAACUUUGAAAUUAAAAUAUUUGUUGUUGUUGUGAGAAUUGAUCGUCUCUACCAUAUCAAAUUACCGAGAAAAACUCUGUAAUUCGUUAUGGUCUGGACGACAACAUAAACCUAUAAAACACAAUCAUGUCUUUUUUGAAAAUUUAUUUAAAAUUAUUUAAUAUAAAUUUUAUUAUAUAUUGAAUUUUGAAUUAUUUGCAUUCAUAAUGUACUAAAAGAAAACACAACACGUAUAAAAUAAAACGGUUAUAUUUUUCAUA